AUGAACAUUGGUUUCGAGGACCCAAAAUUAAGAAGGGCUGGGGAAAAUUUGGAAAUUCCCGAUGAUUGCAAGGGAAUUGGCAUCUGUGAAGACAUACCUAAUUACCCAGAAGAUAUAGUGAAGAGUUUAAUUGAAGACCUUGAAAAAAGUAACAUGAGCGUAUUCAACAAAGAUACUUUGUACGUACCAACGGGGUCUAGGAGAGUUGGAUCCGGAGAUGACAUGGAACUUUGCAAAUCAAAAGAACAGAUAUACGCUCCACGAGCCGCUCGGGCUACUGAUGGGCAAUGGUUGUUCAUUGUUAAUGAUAAGAAUCGUCCACGGCAAACGUUUCGAUUAGAAAUAUGCCAAACCGAUAGCUCGCCUUGCUCAUCAGCGGCAUAUAUUCAAAGUAGCUACCAAGCGCGAUGCGUCCAGAAGUAUAUUAUCCGAGAGAUGAUAGGCUUAGACAGAGAAAAUAAGAUCGUUAAGCAAGACAUCCAAGUGCCCAGUUGUUGUUCUUGCGUUAUGAAAAAUCUGUAAAGAAUAAAAUUAUUCCAUCGUAUUA